GUGACACCCUCCUCCUCCUCUUCUCCCUCUCGGACCUCCCGUAUCCAUUCGACACCACUGCAUUCUUUUUCUUCUUCCCCUUCUCUUCCGUCGUCCUUCCCCAGCGGCCUUGUUGAUCCCGAAUUCGGCACGCGGUUCGUUUCAUCGCCCAGGCUUGGUGCUGCCUGUAGUACAACCUACUAUUGCUGCCCUACCUUGUUCACCUUUUUACUCUUCUUUCUUCUUCUUCUCAACACCAACCACUCUUCUCACCCUUCUCCCCCUCCUCUUCUUUUCCCUUCUCCUUACCGACCUGCCUUAUAGAAGCCGCUGGUGCCUGUACCUGUACCCAGGCGAGCUUUCUUCUUCCUUCUCGCCCUCGGCUCUCUCACAUACACACACCUCGAAGUCACCGCAGGCCGACCGACCGCUCGACCCGACACGACCCGACUUCGAAUCAUCGCCAUUCCCGCCGACAGCAGCAGCAGCAAGCAGCCCACCAUGUCCAUGGCAACCAUCAUCCCCGCCGCCGUCGUCCCCUCGGGCGCGCACCUGCAAGUCCCCGGCGCCGCCGCCGCCGCCGCCGCCUGCUCCUCGUCCUCGUCGUCCUCGUCCUCUCCCAUGGCCACGAUCGCUCCCCCAACCGCCGGCAUCGCCAUCACCAGUACCACCACCGCAGCCGCCGGUACCACCACCAACAGCGGCGGCGGCGGCGGCGGCGGCGGCAACUGCCCCCCCGUCCGCCCCGGCUUCAACUCGCGCCUCACCUCGGACCGCCUCCGCGAGGGCGCCGGCCUCUACCUCCCGCCCCAGUUCCGCCCCGGCAGCGCCAGCACCAACCUCCGCAAGGGCCGCGUCUCCGUAUUCCGCGAGACGGGCCUCUUUGACGGCCAGGACGACGACGACGACCACCGCGCCGGCUCCUCGUCGCCAUGAGAGAGAGAGAGAGAGAUGGA